AUGUCCAAGAGGACAUCUACAAGCUACAAGCAACCGCACAGCAACUUCAGUAACAAAUAUCCUAGAAUACACAUCCAAAACAACAUGGAAUGGAAGGCAGACUUUGACAAAGAGCAAAAGGAAGCUCCCACUUCUGAAACCGCGACUCGUCGUCCUGAAGAAACAAUAAACUCAUCCGCACAACGACAAGCUCUUGGUGAGGAAAAAUCAGAUCGAAAGCGAGCGAGUAUAUCGGAAGAUGCCGAAGAUCCGAGUAAUCGAAACAAUGUAAACAGUCAAAACAGCAGUAGCAACAACGAUACGGCAAACAAUACUCCCACUACUCCUGAAGAUGAAGAUGAUGAGUUGUCCAAAUACAUGUUUUGUUUUGCCUCCUUUCAUGCGGUGUUCGCUCCCGUUUGCAUCUGCAUGAUCUUGUCAGCGCUGGUGGUAGUUUACAUCAAUACGGAUGCCACACGAGCGGCCGGUGAAGCAGCUCUUUCCCAAUCUUACGAAGUCUUUGAGUUGCAAGAGGGCAACUCGAACCAGAACUUUUUGGCAAGCAUUGGCAAUACACUCAUUAUCAUUGCUGUCAUUUGUGCCAUGACCUUUGUGGUUGUCCUGCUCUACAAGUUUCGUUGCAUGAAAUUCUUUUAUGGAUACAUGAUUCUAGUGACCACGAUGCUGCUCGGAUAUUUCACUACGAAUAUUAUCUUGAUUGCCAUUCAAAAGUAUGACAUUCCAGUCGAUUGGCCGUCUUUGAUUUUCAUCAUGUACAACUUUGCCAUUGUUGGAACACUUUCCAUCUUUUACGGCAAAGGUAUUCCGACCUUUGUCACGCAGGGGUACUUGAUAUGCACAUCAGUGGUACUGGCAUGGCAACUCUCCUUUUUUGGAAAUUGGACCGCAUGGACUUUGUUGGUCGCCUUGGCCUUGUACGAUUUGUUUGCAGUGCUAACUCCUUGUGGUCCAUUGCGCAAAUUGGCAGAAUUGAUGUCGGAAGCGGACGCUCCAGCCAUUCCAGGUUUGUUGUACGAAGCAGCCUUGCCCAAUAAUGUCCAACGUCCCAGUAGGAAUCAAACUUCGAAUGCGAAAGCAUCUCGAGCCAGUCAGCCGGAGGAACAGCCUCCACAACAAGACGGAACUGUGACUGCAAAUAAUAGCAGCAGCAGUGACGAUGAUAAUGAUGAACGAAAGAUGCCUGCGACGGAAGCCAAUCGCAGCAGCAAUGUUGGGACGAGAUCAUUAGCCGAUGAUUCCAACACUAUGCUUCCUCCACAACCAGCGGCUCGGGCAAGCAAGCGGUCCAGCGAGGAACGACCAAGUAGAUCGAUUCAUCACCACGAAGAAGUACGAUAUGGAAAAGUUCCAGUAUCACUUGCCAUGGUAUACAAACUACAAAUUAUUGAUGAAGAGGGGGUCCUUCGUCCCAAGGAACACAAGUCUCUUUUUGCCAGAGCCUCCAAAAAGGGAGGGGAUUACCAGAAUACAGACGACCAAGAAAUUCCUGAAUCUUACUCUGGAUUAGAACUACGAGAGCGCAAGGAUCUGACGCCGCGACAAUUGAAAGCUGUUGUCAAGGUUGUCUACCCCCAUCGUGGUGGCUGGAUUGAUCCAUCUCCAACCACAGAAGAUGAUGGUGGCCGCCGCUGGUGGAAUGUCUACAAUCGGAACGGCGAACUGAUGCGUGAGUUUGUCAUUGAUGAUGCUUCCGGUAAAGUAUUUCAGAAAGGAGAGACCAGACGAACGUCUACGGCAAUUGAAGACAAUACGAUCAAGCUCGGGUUGGGAGAUUUCAUUUUUUAUUCCGUGUUGGUCUCCAAAGCAGCCAUGAAUGGCUUUACUUCCUUUGCCAUGUGCAUGCUUGUCAUUCUGGUGGGAUUGUGUAUCACUUUAUUACUGCUGUCAGUAUAUGGCAAGGCCCUUCCAGCACUGCCCAUUUCCAUCUUUUUGGGCGUUGCCUUUUUCUUCUUGUCCACGGCCAUUGUGGAUCCAUGGCUAGACAGUCUGAUUCGAAUUCCGCUUUAUGUGUAA